CCCCGCCGCCAUCGCAAGUCGUCGUCGCGCCACAGCAUCUCGAGCUCCGUGACGGAGCUCGGCUCGACGCUGCGGCGGUCUGCUUCUCUGCGCACUACCACCACCUCGUCGCGCUCCUCGGGCUCCACGUCUUCCCACCGGAAGACGCCCUCGACCGCCACUCUGGCCACCACCCUCUCCUUCUCGCCGGAAAAGGCUCCUGCGUCCAAUGCCUCGCGCCCGGCCCUCUCUAUAUCGACCUUUUCGAGGAAGCAGAAGAGCGCCGAAAACGUGAAGGCGUUAGACUCGCUAGCGGUGGGUCUAGGGGGGGGACAACCAUACUCGAAGUCGCCGCUGUCUGCUGUGGACCAGCCAAAGACACCCUUCGGCAUGGCGGUUCCCUUGCGAUACCCCGCCUCGCAGAAGCAGCUACAGCAGCAGCAGAACUUUGCGCAGAGUUAUGGCAGUCUUGGACCCCCCGCUCCUAUACAGAUUGGGCCUACGGUGAGCGGGUCGAACAAUCCAAGUGUGGUCUUCCAGCAUAUACAUGAGAUGGCGUCGAAGAGGAUAUCUACGCUGGACUACCUGCGGAAAGCCCACGAAGGCCGCAUAUACUGGUUCAACACCCUCCUCUUCUCCAAGCCCGACCUGGCCCGCCUUUCCUACUUCUCCCCGCCCAAGCUCGCCCGCCGCGCCACAAACUACCUCCUGCUCGGCUUCUCGCUCCCCACCAUCCUCGACCUGCACCCGCACUCCCCCACCGACUAUCUGCGCGCCCUCAACGCCCUCCUCAUCGAAUUCGAGUCCUACCAAUCCAUCCACCCCCCGGAAGGGACCACCCCGUCCUCCCUCUCGCGCGGCCGCAUCCCCAACAUGUUCCGCAAAGCAACCCACGUCGGCGGCUCCUCCAAAGGCCGCCGCAGCUCCGCCGCCACCGACCUGGGCUUCCCCGCCCUCGACCACAGCACCUCCAACGCCUCUGCGACCCCGCCCGACGCUGCCGCCGCGUCCUCUUCUCUGCCCAUCACGACCGGCGACGAGCACCUCCCCACCGAGACGUACACGCACCUCCUGACCCCCUCGCUGCCGUUCGACCCAGACUUCUUCGAGACGUUCGCGACGCUGUGCGACGUGCUGAUCGACUGCUACACCAAGACAAUGAGUCUGGUGGGCAGUCCCGAGAGCGCGACGCCCGUGGUCGGGGAUCUGUUCGCCAAGGCAGAUGCGCGGGUGCGCAAGAUUAUUCUGGCGGGCGUGGUGCGGGAGUUUGAGGAUGCCAGUCGCGUGGGCCAGAGGGGGGAGAUGGCGGGCGUGGGGAAGGUGGUGUUGGGGGGGUUGAUGUGA